AUGGCCUUCGUAAAGGCAGACCUCGGCAACGCCCUGCCGCUUGUUGCCUCGGGAAAAGUGCGAGAGCUGUACAGUGUCGACUCGAAAUCACUGCUCUUCGUGGCUUCGGACAGAAUAUCGGCCUACGACGUUAUCAUGGAAAAUGGAAUUCCAGACAAGGGACUCGUCCUCACGCUGAUGACUGCACACUGGUUCCGCUAUCUCCAGAGCCAAAUCCCAGACCUCAAAACUCAUUUCAUUUCCCUCGAUCUGCCCUCGUCCAUCCCACAAGACCAGGUAUCCAGGCUGAAGGGCCGUAGUAUGCAUGUGCGCAAGCUCAAGGUGUUCCCCGUGGAGGCUAUUGUCAGAGGCUACAUAACUGGCUCGGCGUGGUCUUCAUACAAGAAAACCGGUGAGGUGAAUGGCAAGAAGAUGCACGAGGGGCUACAGGAGUCGCAAGAGUUCCCAGAGCCAAUAUACACGCCCAGCACAAAGGCCGAGCUCGGUCAACAUGACGAGAACAUCUCGACUGAGCAAGCGGCGCAGAUCGUGGGAGAGAAGUAUGCGCAGCGCAUCGAAGAGCUUUCACUUAGGAUCUACAAGACUGCAAGGGAUUAUGCUAAAGAGAAGGGCAUCAUAAUUGCAGACACGAAAUUCGAGUUCGGCUUGGACGAAGAAACGGACGAGGUCGUCCUCAUCGAUGAGGUACUGACCCCAGACAGCUCGAGAUUUUGGUCCAAGGCCACGUACAAGCUCGGCCAAGGUCAAGACAGUUUCGACAAGCAAUUCCUCCGAGACUGGCUGACCAAGAACGGCUUGAAAGGCAAAGAGGGUGUCUCUAUGCCGGAAGAUGUGGUACAGGCGACUCGCGCCAAAUACCUCGAAGCCUUUCAAAUCCUCGUAGGCAAGUCGUUGCAGGAGGCUGUCCAAGAGCUAUAA